AUGCUAAUGAGCGAACUGUGUGGGCUCCGCCCACGCAGCCUCCACUUCCUGCUCCGCCCGUCUUCCUCCUCACUCUCUCGCCACCGCCUCCAAUUCAGCACCACCACAACAUGCUCCAUUCCAGUCCCAAAUAGAAAAGACAAGGUAAUAGUAAUUUCUGGUCCCACAGGAGCCGGCAAGUCCCGUCUUGCAUUAGAGCUCGCCAAGCGCCUUAACGGUGAAAUUGUCAGCGCUGACUCCGUCCAGGUAUAUCGUGGUCUUGAUGUCGGAUCGGCAAAGCCUACCCCUGGUCAUCAUGUAUUUCGUGCUGGUGUAAAUGUUUUAAGUAAUUCUCUUCAUGAGCACAGAAACAUCUUCACCUACAUUUUGGAAGUCCGGCAUCAUCUGGUUGACCUAUUACACCCAUCCGAAGAUUAUUCAGUUGGGCAAUUUUAUGAGGAUGCAAGGCAAGCAACACUAGAUAUUCUCAAAAGUGGUCGUGUUCCCAUAGUUACUGGUGGGACUGGGUUGUACUUGCGAUGGUUCAUAUAUGGAAAGCCAGAUAUUCCUAAAGCCUCACCAGAGAUUACAUCUGAAGCAUAUUCUGAGCUUGCAGAACUCGAGAGGAAUGGGGAUUGGGAUGCAGCUGUGCAGUUGUUGGUCAAAGCAGGUGAUCCAAAGGCACAAUUGUUGGCUGCCAAUAACUGGUAUCGGUUGCGGCGUAGCCUUGAGAUAAUUAAGGCUAGUGGAUCUCCUCCAUCUUCGUUUCAACUUCCAUAUGAGUUUUUCAAGGAACAAUUUGAUACAAGUUUAACAGACAGCUCCUAUGACGUGAAUUCAGCUGGUGAUGUACCUAAUCAAGUUAAAUUAAAGGAUUUGGACUAUGAGUUCAUUUGUUUUUUCCUUUCAAGCCCCAGACUUGAUCUCUAUAGAUCAAUUGAUUACCGGUGUGAAGAUAUGCUUUCAGGGAGUGAUGGGAUUUUGUCUGAGGCCAAAUGGCUUCUUGAUGAGGGUCUUCUUCCAAAUUCCAAUUCUGCAACUCGAGCAAUUGGUUACAGACAAGCUAUGGAGUAUCUUUUAAGGUGUCAAGAAAAUGGGGGUAGGAGUUCUGCCGGAGAAUUUUAUGCUUUUCUAUCUAAAUUUCAGAAGGCAUCUAGAAACUUUGCAAAAAGGCAAAUGACAUGGUUUCGUAAUGAACAUAUCUAUCAUUGGCUUGAUGCUUCUAAACCUCUGGAAACAGUGCUUAACUUGGUUUAUGAUGCAUACCAUGACCAAACUGGAAGCUUUGUUGUGCCUGAAUCUCUCAGAAUGAAGAAAGAUAUGACUAACAAACGGGAGGUUCUUCAACUCAAGGCUUAUCGCACCAAAAAUAGGCAUUUUGUUAGUCGUGAUGAUUGCUCUGAUAUGCUUGACUGGAUAAGAACAACUCAAGGUGAAGCAAUGAGCCCAGUGUAA